AUGGGAAAGAUUAAAUUUCCAUUAAUUUUGGCAUUAAAAAGAGACAUCUUUGAAGUCACUAAAAAAUUUCUUAUUCUUUACAUUCUUGUAUACUAUUAGUAUGAGUAAGGAAUUUAAACAUGGAUUCUAAAUUUGAUCAAUGCUUUCUAUUUGAUAUAGAUAAUAUAUUUUAAAAAGUUAGACUUAGAUAGUGUCUUAUUUAUUUUUAUUGAAUUAUACAGAAUUUAUAAUCUAGUGAAGUAAAAACUAUUGAUAUAUCUAAAUAAGAGAAUUAAAAUAUUAAAAGAAAAAAAUACUAAAAUUUAAGUCAAAAUUAAGAGCUUUCUCAUAAAUAAGAGAAAUAAAAUAUUUUCAAUGAAAGUACCUUUGGAAGAAUUAAAGUUAGGAUUUUCAGUAGAGAGGGAGGAAUAUAUGUAGGAAGAUCUGAGGGAGCAAAAGAUUUAGAGAUGCUUAAAAGAUUAAAAAUUAGAGCAGUAUUAACAGCAAGUUAAGAGACAGCAGCUUAAUAUAUAGUUGUUUAAUUUUGUAUAUAUAAGCACAUGAAAAAGAAGAUUAUAGUAUAUUGUAAUUUGCAGAUUAAACAUUUGAUUUUAUUGAUAGACAUAGAAAACAGACAAAUAUUGGUUCAUUGUUUUUUAGGAAUCAGUAGAUCACCGACAAUAGUUGUAGCUUAUUUGAUGAAGAGAUAUAAUCUAAAUAUGGAAAAGUCAUAAUGGAAAAUUGAAAUCUAAAAGAAGAUAGGUGAAUCCAAAUUCCAGGAUUUUAAAAAUAACUACGAAAUUAUGAGAAAUUAUUAUAAUAAUAAUAAUAAUAAUAAGGAAAAUCAAAAAGAAUUUUUAAAAUGA